AUGGCCCGCGCCCUGCUGUUUGCUUGUCUGGCCGCUCUGGUCCUUCAGCUAUGUCAUAGCAAGGCGCAACAAGAUAAUAGUCCAUUCCGCCCCGGCUUCAGCGGGGGUGCGUUCGGUGGUGCCGCGGAGGAGGCAAUCGGGAACGCGUUUGCUGCAAUUGGCGACGGAGUGGGUAAUGCUGGUGGCGACGCGGCGGGUGGAAUUGGCAACGCGUUUUUUGAUGUAGUUGGUGACGGGUUGGGUAAUGCUGGUGUUGACGCGGCGGGUGGAAUCGGCAACGCGUUUGAUGCAAUUGGCGACGGAUUGGUCCACCCUGGCUUCAGCGGUGUGUUUGGUGGUGCUGCGGAGGAGGGAAUCAGGAACGCGUUUGAUGCAAUUGGCGACGGAGUGGGUAAUGCUGGUGGCGACGCGGCGGGUGGAAUUGGCAACUCGUUUUUUGAUGCAUUUGGCGACGCGUUUGGUGCAAUUGGCGACGGAUUGGGAAAUAUCGGAGACGGGACCGAUGUGCUUGAUAAUGGUCCUACCAAUUCAAUUCAAUUCAAUUCGGCAACGUCCGUCCAUGCCCGUUUUGGCCAGGUUCUGACUCUGCUAGGCAGUGGCUGUGUGGCGUAUAUUAUGCUGUAA